AUGGCCUCCGAUAGCGGGUUAGAUGUAGCUAACGAUAUAACAGACGUACUGUUUGGUGGGGCCAGCUGCUCAGUCUAAAGAAAGGGCACCAUCCGUUUUAAACAGCACAUGUAACAAUUAUGCCUUUUGAACGCUAAAUGCCACAAAGGUGUUAGGCUGAUUACAACUUUGCAGUGUCAUUCGCUUUCUUGGCAGAUAAUAAUGUCCCACUCCCCUGACAAUGAGGAUGGAUGCUUUGUUGCCAUGGAUACAGAGGAUGAAGGUACAGCGCCUGCCAGGUUAACGGAGGAAUUAGUGGGAAAGACAGAGUCCUGCCGACACGAAGGGAACAUGGACAGUCAUGCCAAAGGAGGGGGGAGAACAAUGAUGGAGUUGCCAGAGGAAGUUCUUGAAUAUAUUCUCUCCUUCCUCUCACCUUAUCAGGAGCACAAGACUGCUGCGCUUGUAUGUAAGCAGUGGUAUCGCCUCAUUAAAGGUGUUGCUCAUCAAUGUUACCAUGGUUUCUUGAGAGCUGUCCAGGAGGGAAAUAUCCAGUGGGAAAGUCGCACGUACCCGUAUCCAGGCACCCCUAUCACUCAGCGCUUCUCGCACAGUGCAUGUUAUUAUGACUCAAAUCAGUCCAUGUAUGUGUUUGGAGGUUGUACUCAGAGUAGUUGUAAUGCUGCCUUCAAUGAUCUAUGGAGGCUUGACCUCAACAGCAAGGAGUGGAUCCGCCCUUUAGCCUCAGGCUCUUAUCCAUCUCCUAAAGCUGGAGCAACUCUAGUGAUGCACAAAGAUCUGUUAGUGCUAUUUGGAGGGUGGACUCGCCCCAGCCCUUACCCCCUGCACCAACCAGAAAGGUUUUUUGAUGAAAUUCACACCUACUCUCCUUCAAAGAACUGGUGGAACUGUAUAGUAACAACACAUGGGCCUCCACCUAUGGCUGGCCACUCUUCAUCUGUAAUUGGAAACACCAUGGUGGUGUUUGGGGGAUCAUUAGGAGCACGUCAAAUGAGUAAUGAAGUCUGGGUUCUGGAUUUGGAGCAGUGGUCAUGGUCCAAGCCCCCCAUAUCUGGCCCAGUACCACACCCACGAGGAGGACAAUCACAAAUUGUGAUUGAUGAUCAGACAUUGCUCAUCUUGGGAGGAUGUGGUGGUCCUAAUGCACUCCUUAAAGAUGCCUGGCUCCUUCACAUGGAUGCAUCAUCUUGGAGGUGGCAGCAGUUACAGGUAGAAAAUGAGGAUCAUGGAGCCCCAGAGCUUUGGUGCCAUCCAGCUUGUAGAGUGGGCCAGUGUGUGGUGGUGUUCUCACAGGCUCCAUCUGGGCGUGCACCCCUCAGCCCAAGUCUUAAUUCUCGGCCCUCUCCCAUAAGUGCCACACCUGCGCCUCUGGGCCCUGAACCGCCUUCCCUGCGCUCUCAGUCUCCUGUUCGGAGUGGAGCCGCUGGUGUUGUCCUGGGAGCUGUUGAAGAAGCUCCAUGUGUAAAUGGUCGAUGGGGCACGCUGAGACCUCGGCCUUCAGCAAGAGGAAGUGCCAGAGAUGGAAGUCCAUCCUCAUCCCAGCAACCGUCUCCUUCACAAGGCCCAGACAGCCCCCCUCUUCCUCCACUUCCCCCAUUAUUAAAUGGCUCCUCCCCCUCACCUCGUACCAGCCCAGCCCAGGCUGCAUCUCCUCCCUCUCGCCCUCACCUGGCUACCUCCACAGACUAUGGCUGGGAGUCUCUCCCUUCUGCCGCUUACCACCCCGAGGUGCCCAACAUGAACGGUCUGCAUACACCUCCUUCAGGCUCCCCUCGCACUCCCCCAGGAGCUGUGUCUCCCGCUGCUUUACGAAGAGGUCUGGAGGCAGUGAAAAACAAAUCUUCCUCUUUACCAUCUUCAUUGUCAUCGUCUUCCCUUCACACACAAGGAGCUUCUCCUGGGGGAGGAGCAGUGGGCCCUCCUGGAACACCUCCAUCAUCAUCCUCCAGCCCUCCACAAGCUGCUGGAGCUGAUGGACAUGCUAUUCCACCUAUUGCACGGCGUCUCGGCCAUCACCCACCACAGAGCCUGAACGUAGGAAAACCUCUGUACCAGUCGCUCAACUGUAAGCCCAUGCAGAUGUAUGUGCUGGAUGUGUCCCGGGCCAAAUCUUCCGGGGUCGUUUCCUGGAGAGUCUACGGGAACGGGACUCCCGCUGCCGUUACAGGGCCACCAGAGACCAGCCUUCACACAGUGGUACAGGGCAGGGGGGAGCUCAUUAUUUUUGGGGGCCUCAUGGACAAAAAACAGAAUGUGAAGUACUACCCUAAAACCAAUGCCUUGUACUUUGUACGUGCUAAAAGGUAAUGCGGCUCCAGGUGGGAUUGGAAAGACGAAAUGCUCCACCCUGUGUCCUCACAAGGGUACACACAAGGCCUUUUUCCUACUGGAAGGAUUAUGGGAAAAGAAGAUAAUUAUUGUUAGAUGUUCCACUUCAGAAAUUCACUCUUCUCCCUUAUGCCUACUGCUAGCAUUCAAAAUAAACCACUUUAACUAAACUUUGAUAAAAGGUGGAAUGAGUAUCCUGACUGUGUGUGUGAAUGUGUGCGUGAGUGCAGUGAUUAGAGAGAACAGAACAUUUACGCUGUUCCCCAAAAGGCGGUCAGCCAAACAAGCAUUUCGGUUUUUCUGUGCCACCCUCCUCAGAACUCUUGGAAGAGAAGAGCUGCAGAAGAACGAACACUGUUGACAGAAACAGUCAAUCGCUACCUUGCUUUUUGUAUCACUCUUUAAGCCUGCAAUGUUUACAUUGAAAACAGUGCGAGUGUGUCUGUGUGCGUUGUGUGCACGGUGGUGGUGGUUAAAAGUUGUUGACUAAUGUAUGUUGGGGGCCAUGGUGGGUGAGAGAUGUGGCACUGUACUAUAAGCAUAGUCAAACAAUAAAGGCCUCCAUGUCUGUUCUCUGUCUUACAA